AUGAUGGAGACUCCAGAAGGAGCUGAACUCUGCUAUCCACAGCUCGUCAACAAUUCCUGCAAGAAGCCUGUGCCGCCUCAUUCCAGCGCCAUGUUUGUUUACAUUCUGCUGUCCUUCAUCGCUCUGUGCACCGCAACUCUCAACCUGCUGGUCAUCAUCUCAAUCUCCCACUUCAGGCUGCUCCAUAACCCCACCAACCUCCUCACCCUCUCCCUGGCUGUCUCAGACCUCCUUGUGGGUCUCCUGCUUAUGCCGGUUGAAAUCCUUCUCUCAAAGGCCUGCUGGCUCCUGGGUUACCAAAUGUGUGCUCUGUAUUAUGUUGUAGUUUUUAUUGUUACCUCUUCUUCGGUAGGAAAUAUGGUGCUCAUAUCGAUUGAUCGUUAUUUGGCUAUUUGUGAGCCUCUGGGUUACACCACCAGAGUUACUCUGGGCAGAACAAAAACCUGUGUUUGUCUGUGUUGGUUCUGCUCUGUUCUCUAUAACAGUCUCAUUUUAAAAGACUUUCUGAGAAAACCUGAUUCAGCGAACUCCUGCUACGGAGAGUGUGUCGUUGUCCUUAAUUAUAUCACAGGAUCUGUUGACUUUGUUUUUACCUUUAUUGGCCCCAUCACUGUCAUCAUAGUUCUGUAUUUGAGAGUAUUUGUGGUGGCUGUGUCUCAGGCUCGUGCCAUGCGCUCUCACAUUGCAGGUGUCUCACUCCAGCGUUCACAGACUGUAACUGCUAAGAAGUCUGAGAUGAAAGCAGCCAGGACUCUUGGUGUUGUUAUAGUUGUGUUUCUAAUAUGUUUCUGUCCAUAUUACUCUCCAUCCCUUGUGGGUCAGGAUAUUGAAGACAGCAGCUCAUCCUCACCCGUUGUAGUCUGGCUCCUGAAUGUUAACUCCUGUCUAAACCCUGUGAUCUAUGCCUUUUUUUAUCCCUGGUUUAGAAAAUCUAUUAAACUCAUUGUUACACUCAAGAUACUGCAGCCUGACUCAUGUGAUGCUAAAGUACUGUAG